AUGGAAACCGAAGAAAACAACCAACUGGCCUCUCUCGAUACCGGUUUGCAUAAACUGUCAAAUCGCCAUCCAAGCCAAAAACAGGUGAUUAUCGGAACACUAGCAAAUAGAGCAAGACGCAUUUGUGCUAAGGAUCACAUACAAGAGGAACUAAGUCACUUAAAUAAAGCCUUUCUUGCUAAUGGGUAUAAUGAGAAAGAAAUAAAGGCGGCGCUAGCACCUAGGCAGAAGAGUCUUGACGUCAAUGAACAGAAUAACACCGUUAAUAAGGCCUUCCUUCCAUAUGUCUCCCAGGUCACCGAUAGGAUUGGAAAAGUUCUCAGGAAACACAACAUCAAAACAAUAUACAAACCUACCCGGAAAAUAAAGGACUGCUUGAGACCAGCCAAAGAUAAAAGGGCACCAUUAUCCUCUGCAGGGAUCUACCGUAUACCUUGUUCCUGCGGUAGCGUAUACAUUGGAACUACCAAACGCUCAGUAGGAACGAGACUUACGGAACACAAGAGAAACUGCAGGUUAGGGCAAACAGACAAGUCGGCCGUAGCAGAACAUGCUCUAAGAUAUGGUGACCACAAAAUCUACUUCGAAGUCACCCAAGUCAUUGCCACAACAUCUGGAUAUCAUCCUCGUCUGGUCAGGGAAGCUGUUGAAAUUCACAAACAUCCAAAUAAUUUCAACAGGAAGGAAGAAACUCACUACCUAAACAGAAUUUGGCAUCCAGCUAUAUCUAGGACCAAGGUAGCAGUACAGAGAAGUAGACCAGUUCCGGAAGAACCACCACCGGAACAAGCCACGCCCCCUCCGCCGACGCAUAAAUUCUAA